AUGUCGUACGCUGCUGCUAAGUUCCCAUCCAAUGCUGACAAGUCGGUCUUGUCCGUUUUCAAGCUGAUCAAAGGUCCCAUCUACUCGCACUGCUACAAUGCUGACAGAUCCCUAUUGGCGAUAACUUCUGACAACAAGUGCCUGGUGUUCCAAUUGAGUGGCACUAAGCAGCCACGUAUGUUUGCUACGUUAGAGAACCACGACAAAGUGGUGACCGCUGUGGAUAUGUCCAUCCAUGGGCGUAUUGUGACUUGUUCGCAGGACAGAAAUGCCUACGUUUGGGAACCCCUAAGCGAUGGGACGUACAAGCCUACGCUGGUUCUGUUGCGUAUUAACCGUGCGGCUACCUGUGUGAAAUGGGCACCCAAUGGGUACAAGUUUGCUGUCGGGUCCAGUGCGAGAAUCAUCGCAGUGUGCUACUACGAACAUGACAACAAUUGGUGGGUGUCCAAACAUAUCAAAAAGCCCAUUAAAUCAACGGUCAACUGUUUGGAAUGGCAUUCCAACGGUGUUUUGCUGGCCUGUGGGGGUACGGAUGGGUUUGUGAGGGUCUUUUCUGGGUUCGUCAAAGGUUUGGACUCCAAAGAUAUUAUGGCAAACUCCCCCUGGGGCACCAAGUUCCCCUUCGGCUCCCUGAUCAGGGAGUACUAUCACGGUGAUUACAUCCACGCGGUUGAAUGGCGCAGCAAUUUGGAGAAACUAGCAUUUGUGACCCACAACGGUACUUUGGGUAUCGUUGACCACCAGGAUCACUUACAAGAGGUCAAUUCUCCAGAUGGUUUGCCCUUCAGAGCUCUGGUCUGGAUCAACGACCAUGAAAUACUGUGUGCCGGUUACUCUUGCCACCCUGUUCUCUUUGCAGAAUCCUCGCAGCAGUGGAAAUUUGCUAAGAACUUGGACAAGGCAGCCCGUUCUUCCUCCCCAGCCACCACCGGUCAGCCCGGUGCCACGGGAGAUGCAGAGGAGGAGGAGAACCCGACUUUUGGGAUAUCAGCCUUGAGAAAAUUCAAGGAAUUGGAUUUGAAGGGUAAAGUAUCCACUGAACAGCAAGAGAGCGCCCACGACAAUGCAAUCGUGCAACUGUUGCCAUUCGCCGAAUCCAACGGCCAGGUCGUUCAAGUUUCGUCUUGCGGGCUGGAUGGUAAAGUCGUCUUGUACAAUGUGUAA